UGAUCCCGCUCGGAGACUGCGCCCGCGGAAGCCGGAAGCGGUGGCUGUGGCGGUACCCGCGUGAGCCGGAGGAUCCGAGCGGCGCGAGCUGGGGCUUGUGAACCCGGUGAUGGAGCCGGACCGGACUGUGGCGCCGCGGAGGUCGUCGUUGCUGCGGUGGCUGCCGCUGGUGCCGUUGCUGUGGUCGAGGCUGGCCUUGGGCGCCCUCCCCUUCGUCGGCAGUCCGCGCGGGGUUUUUCCGGACCUCUUGUCGGAGGAGCACUUGCUGGAGGUGGAGGACUUGACCCUGUCCCUAAUGCGAGGCGGAGCUCUAGGGCCGCUGUCGCUACCCCCGGACCUGCCCGACCUGGAUCCCGAGUGCCGGGAGAUGCUGCUGGACUUCGCCAACAGCAGCGCAGAGCUGACCGGGUGUCUGGUGCGCAGUGCUCGGCCUGUGCGCCUCUGCCAGACCUGCUACCUGCUCUUCCAACAGGUCGCCGGCAAGAUGGACAACAUCAGCCGCGCCGUGGGGAAUACUUCAGAAAGUCAGAGUUGUGCCAGAAGUCUCUUAAUGGCAGAUAGAAUGCAAAUAGUUGUAAUUCUCUCUGAGUUUUUUAAUACCUCAUGGCAGGAGGCAAAUUGUGCAAAUUGUUUAACAAACAACAGUGAAGAAUUAUCAAACACUACAGUAUCUUUCCUCAACCUGUUUAAUCAAACCUUGACCUGCUUUGAGAGUAAUCUUCAGGGGAGCACACACAGUCUUCUACCACCCAAAAAUUACUCAGAGGUGUGCAGAAGCUGCCGUGAAAAUUACAAAAAUCUAAGUAAUCUGUACAGUGAAAUGCAAAAAAUGAAUGAACGUGAGAAUAAGGCUGAACCUGGAACACAUUUAUGUAUUGAUGUGGAAGAUGCAAUGAACAUUACUCGAAAACUUUGGAGUCGAACUUUCAACUGUUGGGUCCCUUGCAGUGACACAGUGCCUGUAAUUGCUGUUUCUGUGUUCAUCCUCUUUCUCCCUGUUGUCUUCUACCUUAGUAGCUUUCUUCACUCAGAACAAAAGAAACGCAAACUCAUUCUACCCAAACGUCUAAAGUCUAGUACCAGUUUUGCAAACAUUCAAGAAAAUUCAAAGUGAAACCUACAAAAUGGAGACUCAACAUCAUAUCACAUGGCUAAGUUGUAGAAGACACAACUUGGUCAGAAAGAAGAAAACUGAUCUGACAAGUCAAGUUCUUAAGAAAUGGAAGGAAUUGCUUAUUUUUCAAUAAUUUUUAACUUUUCUUUAUCUUUCCACCCCCUCUUUAAGGAAUUGGGUUUAUUAAUUUCCAAACAUAGUUGUCUAUUUUUUGUUACAAUAACAAAAGAUAUACGAAAAACCUUGAUUUUGUCGACAUAUUAUUACUACUUGAGACUUUUUUUAUCUCCUUAUUAAUGUAAGUACCUCAAGUAGAAAAGUUUUUGAAGACUAACAUUUAAAACUUAAUGUUAUACAGAGAGCCAAAGAGCCUUGGUGGCCUUUCUAAUGGAGGUCCCGAGAUUUCCUGCCCACGUGGCCAGUUUGUUAGGGCCAUGAGGAAAACACAAACGGAAUUUGGCAAUCACAGUAAUUCAUUAUGAGAAGCCCUCCUUUUGCUGUCACCCCCAAUCUCAUCAUUUAUCCAAACCACCAACACUGCCUUACCACCUACAUAGUAUGAUUUAGCCUCUUGCCUUGGGGCAUGAUCUGCACCUACCCCUUAUAAUUAUUGGAAUUCAGAAAAUAUGCUUUAGGAAAAUUAUGUGAUUUUAGGCACUAAUUCCUAAUAAGUAUUUCAUUCAAUCAAGUAAAGUAACUUUUAUUGCCACAGUGGAACCAAACAGUAUUUCCUUGGUAGAGCAGGAUGCAGUUAUAUGCACUUAUGGACGUGUAUAUACAAUGUCACAUUGUUCAAUAUACCCUGUGCCUCUGUUGUGCUAAAAUUUAAACUAUUUCUUUAACUCCAUGCUACUAUCAUUUAAUCACAACAGCAGCACAAUGACAUAGGUAAAGAAACUGGAGCUUACAAGUGGCUGUACCUGCCCAGGUCGCGUAGCUACUGAGACAGCUGGCAUCUGCAUCUAAACUGUGGUGCCAAGGUCACAUUCCUAACACUGUAAACCCUCCUGCCUCUUGUAAAAUAGGUCCCAGGAUAACUGCUAUAGAUGACCAUACAAGUUCCAUUACUCAUCUUAAAUAUAACAAUCUGGCAUGUCUUUGGUAAAGAAAUUGAUGAGUACUCUUCGCCCUGUGUUACCCCUUCUCAUUCCAAUAAAUGGUAUCAUAGGGCAAGGAGGCAACUUACACAGAAGAGAGAUCCCACUCUGAUGGAUUAUUUUUCCUUUCAGAAAGGCUUGGCUUCUUCGUCCUUUCGACUAUUUCUUCUCCAGGUGAUUCUGAGUCAUCUUUAGUUCUGCAAGUAAUAAGCAUUGUUUUUGGAUAUUUUUAACCAAUGAUAAUGUGCUAUAAUUAUUUGGUGAGUUUUACUGUAUCAUUCAAGAGGUUCAGGAAUAUCUGUUUUGCUAUCUAAGACUCAAAGUUCUAUCACCAAUUUUAUAAGAAUUUAAAAAUAUUUAUGUAGAAAGUUAGAAUAUUAACCAAAUACACAAAAGGGGAAAUUUACAAAGAACAUAUAAAAAUUAGUCUCACCACUCAUAAUUAACCAAUGUCAUUACUGGCAUUUAACACAUAUAUGCAUGUAUUUAACUGUACAUUAAAAAUAUGGAUACAUUUCUUCAUCUUUGUACUUUAUUUGAAAUAUAGUAAAUUUUUUCUCAUUGUUAAAUAUUCUACCACAUUGUUUUUGGUAUUCUAUUUAACUCUGGUCUCUAAAAUUUUUGAUUAGUGUUAAUUUGGGAUAAAAAUUAAAGUGUCAUUUCUGUUUCUCUAAAAAAAAAAACACUUAAUGUUAUAACAAAGUCUUUGAAAAAGAAAUAUACUUGCUAAAAGGUAGCAAAGGUGUACUCUUUUUAAAAUGAAUCCAAAGAUUCAUUUAAAUCACUCCCUGUUGUAGUAUUACUAUUACGGAUAUAUUUAAUAUGUCAUAUAUAUGAUAAUAUAUAACUCAAUGUGUAGUUUCCUUAAUGUUUUUGAAACCACUGAUUAUAAACAUCCUUAACAAUUUUUAGAAGUGGUAAGCCACAUUACAUUUAUCUUUGUAAAAAGAUUUAUGGUAACUGGUUUCUUACUUGACUUUUGUAAAUAGUAUGUUACAUCUUAUCUUUGCCUUUAUUUCAUAAGCAAUUUGAACUCACUGGACUGCUUUGUCAUAUUUAGGGCAAGAUAGAUUCUUUUUAUACCAGGGAUUUGCAUUGUGAAUUAUAUUAAAUUAUUUGGCAAUUUAUAAUUUAUUAUUACUUUAAAUCAAAUGUAAUAUUAUCAAACUGUAUUUAAAUUGUGGUUUUUUAAUGAAAAAUUACUCUUGGGAUCCAUGGGGAUUUUUGGAGAGGGGAGAAAGGAGGAAUAAACAAGUUUAAGGUUCAGAAAAUGGGGCUAUGAGGGGCUGCUCAAUAGCAGACAGUUGAAUGGUUUGUGUUAGAGGCCUGCAUCAGAUGAUAGGCACACAGCAGCAGUAGUUAGAUUAAGGUGAUGCUUAGUUUUUCUCAGUUCUGUAAAUCAGAUAAAAUCCAUGUGACUGAAAUGAAGUCACAUCCUCACUCUCAGAAAACCAGUUCUAUUUUGGAAUACAUGUAUCAGCCUUUAAAACUAUGCUUUGCUUUAGAAUUGUUCACAAUUUUAUUUCUCAGGGUUUUAGAGUUGAGGAUUUCAUUUCAUUCCUUUUUGCUUUCUUGGUAGAAAUAGGCUUUGUUUUAAAUGUUGAGAAUAUGAAGGCUCCUCUGUAUAGUUUGGUUAAAUAGUAAGAGAAUUUAAAAAAAAAAUAGUAAGAAUUUGAGUCUCUUCAUAGACUGUAAAGUGUUCUUUAGAGGUACUGGAGGAUGUUUUUAUGUUUACUGUGUGCAUGGAGAAGGCUUACCCUUGGGUAUAUGACAUAUCCAAAGCUGUUACAGUUUCUCUGAUCUGCUGUGAUCCAUUUAAAAUGUGCUGCAGUUUGUUCUGUUGAUACUGUUCCUGCUGCUAGUACUAACAGCGCUGUCUGGAUUUGACACAUGUGGUUGAGGAUCAUUGAAAGCAAUCUUCAUUAAUGCAGAUAAAAUGAGUUUACACAUGAAAAGUUAGAAAGAUGAUAUGUUUGAGUCAGAAAGUAGUGACUUGAGCACCUUUUAGUAUUAUGUUUGUAAAAACCAUUGCUUUUGAAUAUAAAACUAAUAAGCACUUUAAAAAGGAAAAGACAGCCUUUAUUGCUUUUCUGGUGGGGUCAUUGCUUUUUAGUAGUUACAUCAGCAGUAAUAGAUUUCAAAAAUAAGUAUUAAAUGCUGCACUAAAGUUCAUAAAUACUUCAUUUUAUAGUCCUAUCAAAAAAUUCUUUGCAUAGUUCUGAAUUCUGAGACACAUCAUGUCUGUGUAUGCACAAGAAUAUCUUUAAAUUUUUUGACACUUUAAAAUAAAGGAACUUAAAGAAAUUGGAA